AUGAGCUUCUUCGGCUUCGGGCAGAGUGCCGAGGUAGAGAUCUUGCUGAGCGAUGCAGAGAGCAGGAAGCGAGCGGAGCACAAGACGGAGGAUGGCAAGAAGGAGAAGUAUUUCCUCUUCUACGAUGGGGAGACUGUGUCCGGGAAGGUGAGCCUCGCGCUCAAGAACCCCAACAAGCGGCUAGAGCACCAGGGUAUCAAGAUCGAGUUUAUUGGGCAGAUCGAGCUCUACUAUGAUCGUGGGAACCACCAUGAGUUUGUGUCCCUGGUGAAGGACCUAGCCCGACCUGGGGAGUUCACACAGUCACAGACCUUCGACUUUGAGUUCACCCAUGUGGAGAAGCCCUACGAGUCUUACACAGGACAGAAUGUGAAGCUAAGGUAUUUCCUCAGAGCCACCAUCAGCCGCCGGCUCAAUGAUGUUGUCAAAGAGAUGGACAUUGUGGUUCAUACACUUAGCACAUACCCAGAGCUCAAUUCAUCCAUCAAGAUGGAGGUUGGGAUUGAGGACUGUCUGCACAUCGAAUUUGAGUACAAUAAAUCCAAGUACCACCUGAAAGACGUGAUUGUGGGGAAAAUCUACUUCCUGUUGGUGAGGAUUAAAAUCAAGCACAUGGAGAUCGAUAUCAUCAAGAGAGAGACCACUGGGACGGGCCCCAACGUUUACCAUGAGAAUGACACAAUAGCCAAGUAUGAGAUCAUGGAUGGAGCCCCUGUGAGAGGGGAAUCCAUCCCGAUCCGGCUCUUUCUGGCUGGGUAUGAGCUGACUCCCACCAUGAGAGACAUCAAUAAGAAGUUCUCUGUGCGGUAUUACCUCAACCUGGUGCUGAUUGAUGAAGAGGAGAGACGGUACUUCAAGCAACAGGAAGUGGUGUUAUGGCGGAAAGGGGACAUCGUGCGGAAGAGCAUGUCCCACCAGGCGGCCAUCGCCUCCCAGCGCUUCGAGGGCUCGUCCUCCCACCCCGAGGCCCGGACCCCCGGCCAGCCAUCGGACAACAACAGCCGGCAGUGAGGCCUCGGGCCCUCCCUGCCGCCAGCAGCCCCUCGAGGGCGAGAGGGCCGGGGACCUCUGCAGACACUCACAUGACCCGAGACAACAAAAACAAACCCAUUUUUGACUUUAAUUCCUUUCUCUGAAGAGCCUGAAGGGGACGGGGUAGGAGCGCUCCUGAGGAUGAGGACUGUGCAUGCGGCCCAGGUGUGGGUGGUGAGGGGGGCAGGGAGGGCAGCGGCCCCCAAGGAGGUCGGGGCCUCGGCAGGAAGGCUCCCGGACCCGGGGCGUUCUAGGAGCUGGUCUGUGUAGGGGGCAGUGCGGGCAGGGUCUCGCCUGCUCUUGGGCCCUGCCCCAGCCGAGGGGCACAGGCUGACCUUGCGUUGGUCCCCAGGAAUGGGAUGGGAAGGAGGCUGAGGCGGGCAAAGCCCAGAAAGGGCCGGAGUCACUCAAGAUCGGGAAACUACCUCUCUGGGAGUCUUGGACGUGGUGCUGGGACGCCACCAUCUCUCUGCUCUGGCCCCAGCCCCUUCCCCCUCACAAAGGGAAAUUCCAGGGGGGCACCCAGACACCUCCCUACACACACUUCCCUCACGCCUAAAUGACCAUCAUCUUCCACAUCAUGCACCAGAAGCCUGAGCAGAGCUGGGAUAAAGCCAGCCCUGGAAGGGAAGGUCGGCGGGGGGCAGGGUAUGGAUGGGCGAUUUCUGAGCCUCGCCUGCCAGAGAUGGAAUUAGCCUUUCAGACACGAUAGUCAAGCCUGCUGCUUAAGUGCCGAGAUCUGACCAGGACCCGGCUACCCCGGGCAGCUCAUUCUUUGCAGACCCCACGUUGGUUGACACAUUUUAGGGAUCACAGAUCCUCUAAAUAUGGGAAACUAAGUGGGAUUUCCUAUAAACCUAAGCGAAAGAUCCCAUUUUCCCUGAAGGGAAAUGAGAGUUCUAGUCACCACCCCUGCCAUGUUCCCUACCUCCUCCUUUCAGGGAUUUGGGGGCAUGGCUGUGAACCCUUGAGAGUUACCCUCCUGCAACCACCUCAGACCCUUUAGAAUCUAGUUUUCCCCACUUAUGAUGAAGGAAAAGGACAAUGAGGGCCUCGGCAGAGGAAGAUGGCUAUCCUAACUUCGAAAUAAUUCUGCUUGCCAAACAGUCUUUCUCUUCCAGAUGACUGCCCAGAGUUCAGGGCUAUUGCUAUUUUCCCCAUUUUAAAAAAAUCUCAUCUAGAUGUUUCUGUGAUAUAAUGGGAAGAGAGCCAUUCCCCUCUCGGUGACACUGUGUUCUGAACAGCGGGAGUGAACAUGUUUUUCCUCCCCACUUGGAGAUGAGCAGAGGGCGAGCCGUUCCACUUUUCUCCAUGAAGACCCCAACUCCUAAUCACAAAAGCCGGUGUUAACAAAUGAAUUCCCCACGGACCAAAGUCUGUCCCGACUGCCCCCGGGAUAUGGGAAGCUGAGCGUGUGGUAAGGAGGGUCCGGACUGUGUCAGAACACAGAGUUAGGAUUUCCAGUGUGCCUACCUGCUAAUAGCUGGCAGUCCCCUUCUGUAUCCCCAAAUGUCACUUUCUCCAUUCCCCUCAAUGAUGUGCAGAUCUUUACUGAUUUAUCAAUUUUAAAAUUCUCCUAUGGGAGGUGAGAGAGAACCUAUUCUAGCUCUCUCACAGGCAAGGCUCUUAAACCAGAUCUUGACUUUUCUCUUUCUUGUCUCUUCUCCCUUAUCCAGCUGUCACUGCGAAGGUAGCUCACCUCCACUAUUCCCACACCCUCAUCCUGGGGAGUGCAUAGGUACUAAACCAAGCAGUACAACUUGUAAUUACGCAGCUGCAGUGUUUACAUGUUUCUUAAUUUGUUGUCUUUUCAAUGGCUGUAUUUUAAAAAAAAAAACAACAACAAAAAACUUGUUUUAAUUGUCUCUCUGAUUAAAGGGAGCUGCUAUGGCUCCAGAGACCAUGUGCCCGUGGAA